GCAAACAAUAUUUUUAAUCUCAGUAAUAAAGUCAACGAAUACAUUUUUUAAGCGGGCAACUGAUUUGAAAGCAAAAAACUGAGUUGGCAGCCCUGCUCAGCUGGGCGCUGAAGAGACUGCAAUUUCGGUAGAAUCAAAUGAAAUCCAUUUUUAAGCGAUAAGACUGCGAGUGAUCAUGGAAGUAGCACUCCCACAACCUGAGGAAACAUACAGCAUUAGCAUAGGUCAGCAACCGCCUAGAGAAGAGAUAAGGAACCGAUAGCAAUAGCUGAAAUUCUGCGUUCUUCGCACACGUGCCCGUUCGCUCUGAAGAGGUUUACGCGUUUACCAGAUUGUUUACGUAAAUAUUAAUAAACACGCGAUGACGACCGGGGAGGUUCAAGCCAAGGAACGAAAGGCGAAUCCCGUCAAGUCCUUUAUAGCCGGCGGCUUUGGCGGCAUGUGCAAUGUGGUCGUCGGUCAUCCCCUGGACACAAUUAAGGUUCGUCUGCAGACCAUGCCCAUGCCAUUGCCAGGACAGCCACCACGAUACAAGGGAGUUGCGGACUGCGCUGUUAAGAUCUUUCGGCAGGAGGGAUUCCGUGGUUUCUAUAGGGGAAUUUCCGCUCCUCUGGUUGGCGUGACUCCCAUCUAUGCUGUGGACUUUGCCGUGUACGCGGCGGGCAAGCGACUAUUCCAAACGGACGAACACAUUAAGCUCACCUAUCCGCAGAUCUUUGCUGCCGGAGCCCUAGCCGGAGUCUGCUCCGCACUCGUCACAGUACCCACCGACCGGAUCAAGGUGUUGCUUCAGACGCAAACCGUGUCCAGUGGUCCAUUGCUGUACAAUGGCACCAUGGAUACGGCGAUGAAGCUAUAUAGGCAGGGCGGAAUCAAAAGUCUGUUCAAGGGAACGUGUGCCUGCAUUCUGAGGGAUUCACCCACCGGCUUCUAUUUUGUGACAUAUGAGUUCCUGCAGAACUUGGCCAAACAAAAGUCCAAAACAGGACAGAUCAGCACCACAUCAACGAUUUUAUCCGGCGGAACGGCGGGCAUUGUGUUUUGGACUUUGGCCGUGCCCUUCGAUGUACUUAAAAGCCGCCUCCAGUCGGCACCUGAGGGCACUUACAAGCACGGCAUUCGAAGCGUUUUCCGAGACCUGAUGGCCACCGAGGGGCCCAAAGCUCUAUUCCGGGGCAUUCUUCCGAUACUAUUACGUGCCUUUCCCUCGACAGCUGCUGUCUUUUUUGGUGUGGAACUGGCGAAUGAUUUGUUGAAUUAAGUUACAAGUUUUGUAUUUAGGAAAGAGGCUGUAGAUAGUUGAUUAAAUGUUGUUAACAGAGUUA